AUGAUGACUGCUAAAACUGUAGACAAAAUCCCACUGCCGAUCGGGGGCUUCGUUCAUCAAAUGCCGGAGGCAAUGUACCCGGUGGAUGAGUCCGCUCUGCCGACCUCGGUCACCAUCUUCCCCAAUGUGGACCUGGGAGGACCAUUCGAUCAAAUGAGCGCUGGAGAUGGAAUGAUCAAUGUGGACAUGAACAGUGACAAGCGCUCCCUGGAUCUGUCAUACUCCAGCAGUUACCCCUCGGCCUCCCGGAACCAGACAUUCACCUAUAUGGGCAAGUUCUCCAUUGACCCUCAGUACCCCGGGGCCGGCUGGAAUCAGAGAGGGCUUCUUCAACAUCGUCAGCACCGGCAUCCUGGGAGUAACCCCGUCGUCGUCUGCCUCCACCACCUCCUCCAGCAUCUCCUCCGUGUCCCCCAAUAGUCUGAGCUGCAGCAUGGCGCAUGGGCAGGCCGAUAUGGAGCACAUGUACUCGCCCCCGCCGUACUCCAGCUGCGCGGAGCUGCCGGUCUACCAGGACGGUUCGGCCUUCCUCAGCACCGGUACCGCCGGCUCCCUGCCUUACCCUCCCCCGUCCUAUCCUUCCCCCAAGGCGGCCUCGGACGGCACCAUCUUCAAUAUGAUCCCCGACUACCCGACCCUCUUCCCCCCGCAGUGCCAGAGGGACCUGCACCCCAUGACUGACCGCAAGCCCUUCCCCUGCCCCCUGGACUCCAUCAGGGUCCCCCCUCCGCUCACUCCCCUCUCCACCAUCCGGAACUUCACCCUGGGCGGUUCGUCCAGCGCAGAGGGAUCACGGCUGCCCAGUGCCUACAGCCCCCAGAACCUGCCCCUGCGGCCCAUCCUCAGACCCAGGAAAUACCCCAACCGGCCCAGCAAGACUCCGGUGCAUGAGAGGCCCUACCCGUGCCCCGCCGAGGGCUGCGACCGCCGCUUCUCCCGCUCCGACGAGCUAACCCGGCACAUCCGCAUCCACACCGGCCACAAGCCCUUCCAAUGCCGCAUCUGCAUGAGGAACUUUAGUCGCAGUGACCACCUGACCACCCACAUCCGCACCCACACCGGGGAGAAACCCUUCGCCUGCGACUACUGCGGCAGGAAGUUCGCGCGGAGCGACGAGCGCAAGCGACACACAAAGAUCCACCUGCGACAGAAAGAGCGAAAGGGCGGAGCCGCGGCCACACCUGGCGGCACCGCGGGGCAGGAGCGCCCCCUCAGUCUCAGUCCCUGCUCCGCGGGCUCCAACAGUGCUCAGAUGGGACUGUGUCCGAGCAGGACAUCCUAA